GAGGUGAUGCGUAAGGAGACAUUAGUUCCACUAUCGUUGCUGCAUAGAGCCACGGAGGACACAGAGCUUGGUGGCUACAACAUCCCCAAGGAUACAAUAAUGAUUGUGAACCUGUGGAGCUUCCAUAAUGAUCCUGAUUUUUGGGGUGAUCCUGAGGCAUUCCGCCCCGAGAGAUUUCUGGAUGAAAGGGGGCAGCUGCUUAAGAAGGACUACUCCUUGCCUUUUUCAGCAGGUAAGCGUCUGUGUGCUGGUGAGACAUUUGCCCGCCAAUUCAUCUUCCUGAUUCUGUCAGCACUGCUGCAGAACUUUACUGUGAAGGGUGCCCAAGGAAAACCGCUGCCCAGCACAGAUCCUGAUCUGCCAGGUAUUAUUGUCACAAAGAAGGAUAUGUGGAUUCGGUUUGAGCCCAGGUCUUAAAGUUUCAAUACACGAAUCUGUAAGAAAGACUUCCAGUGGAUAUGCAGAUGCCCUCAGGAAGCAAUAUAAUGCGAGGACAAGGAACAUGACAUCUUGUCACACCAAUGUUUUGUGACACACAAAUUGGAAUAACCGCAAAUCUGUAACCCAUUAGAUCAAGGACGUCUUAUACAGAAUUGCUCCGAAGAGUUAAGAGAGAGAAGAUGUUAGUUUUGUGAACGUGUGCAGAAGAGGAGCUCACGGACGUUGGUAGUGAUAAAAUAUGAUGUGGGAAUUUGUUCCCCUUUUCGUUUUGAUGUUCACAUUCUGAUAUAUUUUGUUGUUCUUUCCCCGAAUAUGCUGAAGACAAUGUCUUUGGGUGCCUCAUGCAAACCUCAUCUUUCAUUCCUAAUCUAAACACUUCCUGAACUAAACCACUACAAAACAAUAAUAUCACGAUUCAUUCUAUUGCAAAUAUAAAAUUUAAUUAAUAACACCAAUUCAAACACACUAACAAUGAAGAUAAAAUGGAAAUAAUUUCAAAACACGUGACAAAUAUGUAAAGCGUUUCGCUGAAAUGACCUGAUUUGCAGGAAGAUGGCUGCUUGAGCUUAUAUUGUCAACUGCACCCAAUCUAACUAACUUGGUAUUGGUGUGAGAAGCACAAUAUUUAAUUUGUUACGUGGCUGUAUUUGGCUCCAAGGAGAGUUGGAGAGAGGAGGGAUUGCGUUCUCAGUGCAGCAAUUUUAAAUAAAAGGAAAACUGCAACCUAACCUUAACUGAACGCUGACAUUUAAGUGGUUGCUUGACUACACAACCUGUUUAAUAACCAACAAAUCAAAAUAAAAUAAAAUUUGUAAAUUUCGGUAUCCCAUAUGAUCAAAAUAAAUCUCAUUAAAUAAAGUAUAAUAUUCCAAAUGUAUCCAAACAUCAUACACUAACCUACUUUAACUGAUUUGCACAUCAUCUCAAAUCGAUUCCACACUCACGAAUCACACUCUGGCCUGAUAAUGGAGACAGCAAGGAGCUCUGAAACGUCGGAUAACUUCUACCAGACUGCACAGCACUACAAUCCAGACGACAGCCAUCUUCGGACUCACCGCCUUGAAAACCUCAAAUCCUACAAGAUAUGCCUCCCCUUGUAGCAGACGACGCCAUCAAUGGUCUGCAACAGCUCGCUCUGGUUGUCGAUGCGGAAGACGAGAGCGUUCGAUGACUGAAGGGAAUCCACAGAGAACAAGUGCAAGAAGGCGGUAGGUUAACCACGUCACGUGGGGUGAAUCCCCACGUGUGGUCAACCUGCUUAAGGAGUAGGCUAUAAUUUUUAACUUGGGCGUGUAUUUGCAUAUUUCUAUAUUACAUAUUCAGGAGAGACGAAAAGGUUACGUACUCAAGACUGCUGAAUGACUACAAAUUAGGCAUAUUUACACCGACUGAACACAUCGACAGGUAGGCUAGAAAUCGAAAGGACAACAUAAUAACAAUUAAUGCACUCACAAUAUCCUAAACUGUGGCUGAAAUUAUUAAAGUGUCAGUUGUUACACUGGACAAGGGGCAACUUGCGUUGGUAAAUGACUACAUUUUAUUUUUUAUCAUGAAAGAUAGUACGAACAUACAAAAGGAAGACUAACAGAGAUAAUACAAGUUUGGAAACUUUUAAGUUAGCAGCUGAUGAAAUCUCUUCUGGAAGAAUCUCGUUAAGGCAAAAUGCUAAUACAUGGUGAAAAUGUUUGAAGUUUGUUUCUGCAAUUAAUUGUUAAUUGGUAUAGUGCCUGUAAUUAAUUGCUUAAUAAAGGUAAAUUGUUCCUUCUGUUUA